AUGCGCUGUGUCCCUCGGACACAGCGGAUCAUGGAUCAUGGAAAGAGCAGAAGAUGUCGGCUCGGUCAUGUAAUCAGCUGUGUCCAAUCACAGCUGAUCACAUCUGUCAGUGCCAAUCAGUGCUGCCUAUCAGUGCCAGUCAGUGCCAUCUAUCAGUGCCAGUCAGUGCUGCCUAUCAGUGUCAUGUAUCAGUGCUCUUUCAGUGCCCAUCAGUGAUGCCUGUCAAUGCCCAUCAGUGCAACCUACCAGUGCCUCCUCCUCAGUGCCCAUUAGUGCCACGUAUCAGUGUCCAUCAGUGUAGCCUAUUAGUGCCCAUCACUGCAGCCUCAUUAGUGCACAUCAGUGAAGGAGAAAAAUCACUUAUUUACAAAAUUGUAUAA